AGAAAGUGCUCAGAUGGGAGAAUUGCUAGCCCUGUGCAAGAUUAUCUGAAAUCCACUGCUGGACCUAUGCUUUCAACUGUUGAGUGGACGGAUCAUUUUGUGUAUUUUUUAGUUUCAUUUUUCUAAGCCUAUUUUGCCUUUUUAAUAGAAAAAAAAUGGUGUGGGAAAAGUUUUUACUCUUAUGUUAUGGAUGUAUGAUUUUGUCUCAAGCGACUGAGAAUCAGAGUACUGAACCAAAUUUAGCUUGGGAGUUGAUACAAGGAUUUAUGCAUAUUUGGAAUCAUACAAAUCAAGGAAUAUGUAUUAACCUCCCCAACUCUGCAUCAGAGGGGUUUAGAUUUAUGAUGAUUUGGUUAAAUUUUUCGGAAAUAUUAACGAGAGAACUGGAUAAUCUUAAAAAAGCAGGAGGAAAUGUUACCUGGGGAAUGGUUGAGUCCCAAUUCCUAGACCAGAAAGAAGGACAACCAUGGGAUGCAAAUGGGACAUGGGUAGAAUACAAGAAUGCCUUUUACCAGCUCCCACGUGACUCUACCUGGAGCCAUCUAUGGAAUCAGACAUGCUAUCAGUCAUUAGACACCAACCCUACUGAGACAUUGCAAAAUGUCACUUCUAUCCCUUGCACGGUGGUGCCAUGGUGGGAUUCUCCUGCUGAGGGUGGGUUUUUUGAACAUGAGUACAAUUUACAUUGGGAUGCAGGAUGGUGCAUACAAAUCCCUGAUAACCCAGGAACCGUGCACCAAGUUAACCGAACAAAUUAUGAGUGGGCCUGGUCUCUGAAACAAAUCUUUGACCCUGUCUCUACCCUGCAAUGGGCUUCCAGGGCCCCCACAGGGAAAAUAAUAGAAUGGGAAGUGGAGAAAUCAGACUGUAAGGACCAUCAGACCAUACUACCUAAUGGAGAGAGCAUCUGCUGGAAAGUGAGGAACCAUAGAAGCAUUGCCCAAAGUGAAUCAGAGACCUCCUUUCUGAAUUGUUCCCGUAUAUUAGAUUGUGCCACGGGAGCAGGUGAGCCUAUAGAAACCUGGUACAUCUCGGAGCUGAGGACUUUUAUCCGGGACAUGUGUACCUGUUGGGAUUAUCCCAACUACGGCUAUCUAAACCAAGACACCCGAUGCAAUGGGUCUUAUGAAAAUUCGGAGACAGCACUAUCCUGUGGCAUUCCCGUUACACAUGGCCCUGACCGAAGCAGGGUCUGGAAUUCAAGCAGUGAAGAACAGGAGGUUCCCCAAGGUGAUCUGUAUCAGUGUUCACAAGCCAAAUAUCCAGCUCCAAGGGGAACGGUAUGGGCAUGUUCAGAUGGGAAAAUGUAUUCCCACUUGAACAUGUAUGAUAUGGCUGGGCUCCAGUGUACUAUUGGGUUUCCUACCAUGUGUCCAUCUAAAACAUUCAAUUAUACACUUUAUCGUAACAACAAAGCGCGGAGAGAAAUCCACAGUCCAACAGAUGCCAAAGGGUGGAUUCGGGGGAUUCAAGUCCCCGACUAUUAUACCUGGGGACAAAAUGUUGCUUUAGACUUAGAAUCAUUUUUUGUGUCCAGUGGAGUUGUCCAACAGCACAACUAUGUCUUGGAGAACUUAACGAGGCACGUCCACGUGUUAAGCAACUGGACCGGACGUUCACUCAGAGAACCGCACGUGCAGGCCCAGCAGGCAUCGGAAACGGCUUUGCAGAACCGGUUAGCCCUGGAUAUGUUGUUGUUGAAAGAGAAUGGAGUGUGUGGGAUGCUAAACCUAACGGAUGGAGAAUGCUGCGUCACUGUCCAUAACGCCACCACCACCAUAGAAGAGGCUCGUCAGAAGAUGAAGGAGAUUGCUGACCAAACAGGAGAACUGUUUCAAGCCAUGCAACCCAAGGACUAGUUUGAUGGACUGAGCCUGGAUCGUGGAUCUCAUGUACUGAAGUGCCUUGGACUUAUGGGAUGGGGAAGGUGGCUUGUGUGCAUUGCCAUUAUGAUACUGUGUGGAUUUCUUGGGUUUGAUGGCAGGUCAAAAAGCCUCAUCAAACUGUGAUGAGUUCAUCAUGGUUAUAGAGGAAAAGGAUAGAGUUUCUAGCACUGUAUAAUUCCAUACCAUUCGUGUGAUGGCAAGAACGUGGUUGGAGCAGGAGGAAGUCAGGGGCUGGAAAUGGAAGGCUGGCUGUCUUUUGCUGUGCUUGGAGUUGUGGCUUUUCUGGUUUGGUGCUCAAAGACAGCACCAGUGAGCCCAAGAGCUGGUGAGCUCUUUCUGAGAGAAAGAAAGGAGAGAAAGCAGCAGCAUGGCAGAGCUGAGCUGAGCCAUGUGGAGCCCAGGCCGCAGCUGCUGUGACCUCAACAGCCACUGGAGCUGCUGCUGGAAACCCCAAGCUCUCCAGUCCCACUCCCACAAAGUCAGGCCCAGGGGGAGGCGCCUCUGACCUGCUUCAGGGCCCUGUCAUGUCCCACCAGGUUUUGCCUUGUCCCUGUUCUUCCAUUGUUUUUGGUCUGAGCAGGGAAAGUUAAAUUGCAAGCCUUUCAGUCAUCAUUUUGCCUUUGUCUUGGAAAACCACACUGGGUGUGGUCUUUGGGAAAUGUUUUUGUUUGUUCGGUGGCGAAUACCCUUUUGUGGGUAAAAGACUCUCUCUUUUGUACACUCUUUUUAUUAAUAUUGUUGUGGUUAUUGCAAUUUUUCAGUAAACUGUG